AUGUUUCAAGUGACACCACUCCAAAAUAAUUUUCCUUAUAUCAAGGGGCACAAGGACUUUUAUCAGAUGUUUGCAGACGGCGACGAUGAUAUCGUGAUAACUUCUUUCACAAUGUGGUCUACUCCUGGCCAUUUUUAUACCUUAAUCAACGGAGAUUCUUUUUAUGCAUUCGAUAUUAUUGGUAAAAAUGGAUGUAAGGAAUUGCAACGACUCCAUUCUCUUCCAGCGGAUAGUGAAACUGCUAAGAUUCUACAUUCCGCCAAGUUGGUUAUUCCCUGUAAAAAAUCACCAGUAGUUGGUGUAUGCUAUCAUAAUGAAGAUCCACAACAAAUUUAUAUUGUUCACCAAAAUGGAGAUACCGAAUUAUGGAAGUACACACUUGUGGGUCGCAACUAUUGCUGGAAAAGUACAGGGACGUACACGCUAUGCACCAGUACUAGAACUUCCGUCUCUUCCGUUAUGAUACACAGUCAAUUAGACACAAUUAUUUGGUGCGAAAGAAGACGAUCUGGUCAAAUAGGUGACGAGGAUUGCUGUAUUUGUACCAGAAAGCUGGAUCGAUCUAAUGAUGCAGUUAAAUUUGGUACUGCAAGUGUUAUCCUUCAUCACUGUCCCGAUAUUGGCAUUUACCCACAUAAAGAUGGCAUAUAUAUAGUUGCCAAGCAACCAUGCGAUUUAAUUCUUUUCAGUAAUGUAGAUGCAACCAAUACAUUUUUGUUACACUUAUGGAAUAAAGAUACCUUUGAUACAUCGCAUAUUAAAGAAUCGGACUAUCGCGCAAUUAUUGAUCAUUAUUCGUACGCCUGGAUCAAUGACUCGACAGUUAGUAAAAUUUUAGACGUGAUGGUCGACCUUGAUACACAGAGAAUAUAUAUUAUUGAUAGCGCAUGUGGGGUAUCCUUACUUACUUACGAGCAAGGUGACCUGGAAAUUAGUUAUUUAUAUAGCAUCAAUUUAUCAGACGCUGAUGUUAAGAAAGUAGUGAACGGAAAACAUCGAUUACAAGGCUUCAUCUUAAAUCUUUUUCUUGGUAUUAUAUCACAUAAUGGCCAAAUUAGGAUGUACGAAAUUAACUCUGGAAUACUGACAUGGACAUCAGAUAGCUUUCCUUCCCCUCAUGAUACCAUUUUUCAACUUUGGAAAUAUAAUUCUCCUAUAUCCCAUGUUGGUGUAUAUUUACUUGGCCUUGGAAUUUUCAUACUAGAGAAUGUCGACAUUGCAAAGCAAGCACAGCAACUUGAAAGAGUGGUAUCUGAAGGCGAAAAUUUAGAGAAUUUUCAAUUAAAUUUGGCCAUCAAACACAGCAUGUUAUGGUCUCGUUAUCAGCUUGCAUAUCGACAAGUAAUCAACUUUAUAAGCAAGGCUACAAAUGCAGCGAAAAGUUUUUCCUUAGCAUUAGAGACUAAGAUAUCUAAAGAGUAUCCUCCAACUGUUUAUGACUUCACCUAUAACUAUAUAGAAAAUUACGUAGAAUACUAUCAGUCUGUCUUAGGUAUUAUUGAUGUUACAACCACAACUGCUGAACCUGUUAAGAAGCAACGAAAUUUCUUGCUAGAUAUGGUGCCAGUAUUCGAAAAUUAUUUAAACAUUGUUCGAGAACAUCGGAAAAUAAUUAGUGGAGUAGAAGAUGCGAUACCUAAGGAAGAUGUUGAGAUUGACCUCCCAAAUAUCGUUAAAGAUAUGUUGAUUGAAAUUUAUACAGGGCCAUCUACCUCUAAUGAAGAUGGUUCAAGUAUAAAAAUUAUCGAGGAAAAUGAAAACUGGAAAUCAUUGCUAGAUUGUGACGUUAUUCAUGAAGAAGCCGAGCUGGAAUUGUACAAAAAGUCUUCAAUAUUUCGAACGUUCUGUAGGGUCCCUUUGCUAAAAAUUUUGCAUGAAAAGUUCAAGUCUAUGGAAGAUACAUUUUCUUAUAGUCAGCGUAAAAAUAUAUUUAGUGAGAUACGUGCAGUCUUGCCGUCACUACACCCUUGUCGUAUCGAGGAAACAACCUCUGAGAUGAUUUCAGCAUAUACAGAAUUAACACUUUUAAGUGAGGAUGAUUUCUGUGAAAAUAUGGCUCUUAGAACAUUUAUAUUUUAUUCGAAGUGGGAAGAUGCUAUCGCCUUUACGAGCUCUUAUAAUAAUAAUACGUUAAUACAAAAGGAAUUGUUCCAUAUACUGAUAACCGAAAUGUUAAAAGCUGGCAUCCUUAAUGUUUAUAGCAAAUUAUUGUGGAAUGCGAUUCCACAAGAUAUGAGCCUAAUUGCAUUACUUACGUUGCUAAAUGAUCAUCUUUGUCCAAGAAGCUUAACCGUAAAUCAAGGCAAUGUGUAUUACGUACAGAAUAACAAGGAUGUAUCUAUCGGAGCGGUUAAGGAUCAGUUUAAGAAGAUGCUUUCUGCGGAUUUAGAGCGGAAAUGA